CUAUAGCGCCCCUGGCUGAACGCAUGUGUUCUUGUGAAUGAAUGAAUUUACUUAUUUCCCCAUCCUCACUAAAUGUAUAAUUCCAAAGUGUCUUUAGUGAUUGAGUACAAAUGGAAUAUUCGUGGAAUGUUCUAAUCCGCUAAACACACAUUCGGGGAAAUGAUCUAUAGCCGAGGCAAAAUCAAAUACCGCUUUGUAUCACAAGAGGGCGCUCGGAGCACUGUAAAACGACAAAUACUGUCUGGGCUUCUGCUCGACUAUCGAAAUGCAGAUUCCAGCAUCCUAUGGCAGCCUCAAAAUGUCUGUGUACUUCUUUCCCAGCGGAUCAGCUGCCCUUGUCUGCUUGCUCUGGGCGUUCGCCUGCGUCUGGCUGCCCUGUUCCCACAGCUAUGUCAUUGUUAACUCGGUGUCUUGGUCCGUAACCAACGAGGUGGAGGAGGAACUGGACAGUUCUUCCACAGAAGAUGUGCUGCCAGCCCUGCUGGAGGAUACCAUCAGCAUAUGGAAACAAAGCUACCCAGCCUCUUUCAAAGAGGAAAGCAGAGACAUGAAGUCCAGGCCUGCGUCAGACAGAUCCAAGCAGAUCUCUUCUUCCUCCAGAAUGUUCUCAUACAAGAGAGAAAGUAAUGUGGCCACAGAGAGCCCCUCUCCCCCAUCUCAAGCAGCAAUGGCCCUCCAUCAGAAAAUGGCCAAGAAUGCCAGGGUCCUUGCACACCACAGCAAAUGGGGUUUCCUAGCCACAAUGUCCACACAGGAGUCGAUUGCAGGAGUACCCUUUGGACAUGUUCUACUCACCAGUGAUGGCCCAAUGGAUAAUGGUACAGGUGACCCUUAUAUUUAUGCCAACCAAAAGGCCAGCUUUAUCUCUGAUUUGCUAAAAAAUCCAGUAGCCUCGCUGACAUUCUCUGAUCCGGAUGCUGACUUGUGCAAGAGCAUCACUGAAGAGCAUGAUCCUCAAACUGCGGCCCUGACCCUGACAGGCCAGAUGGUAAUUGUGCCGCCAGAAGAAGCAGACUUUGCAAAAAAAGCAUUGUUUUCCAGGCAUCCUGUAAUGAGGAAAUUAUCUCAGAAUUCUGGCUGGCUGCUAAUGAAAAUGAAGACAGAGCAUGUGCACGUAACAGAUUGUUAUGGCAAGACUUUCACAAUUAAGAUGGAAGAUUACUACCAAUCUUAGCCUGUGUGAGAUCUUCUUCAGUAUUAUAAAGCAUGGAGGAUAUCGAUGUCCAUGUUACCUUAAACGGGAGAAAAAACAUGCCAAUUAAAAGAAGUAUAUUUUAGCUUCACCUACCCUGUCAAUGUUCAGUGAAGUAUACAGGAAAAGAUUAAUCUGCACCCCGUAUCUGUACUUCUCUACAUAUUUGUAUUUCUUAAGGCAAGUUGGUGCUACAUACGACUUCCUCUCCCGAUAUAGCUCAAUAUAGUUGCAGAUAUAUUUAUAUUGUUUUCAGAAUUCAUAAUUGGUAUUUUCAAAUGCAAUUAUGUGGCCAUUCUGAAUAGACAGUGGCCAGAUGUUGCUUGCAUAUUGCCUCUAAAUGCAUAAGUCGUAUCCUACAUUUAUGGAUAGACUUUAUUUUGAUCAAAAGAUCAUUAUUAGAUUAAUUACAAGCUUUUGCUUAUUUGAUUGAUGUGAUGGUAGAUGAACAAGCAAUAAUGAUCUAGUGGUUAAAUGAACUGACCAAAAAUGUAUUCUGUAAAUAAUUUAGAAAAUGUACACCCUAAAAGUUUCCUCAUCUGCCAUUCAUCUUGCUUUCUACAAAGUCACUAUUUCUCUUGUAAGUAUUACUGUUCCUUAACUCCGUAUUCUUCCGUAUUCAGCUUGUACUUUUGACUUUUUAGCUAUCAAUUGCAGAAUUGCUGAGGCUUCCAGUGUGCUUCGAAAUGAUUUCACUGUUCUUGGCUAAAUAUGCUUCUAUGCUGAAAAUAUAUCCCAGCCCAAUUCCAAACUAGAACAUGUAAGGUCAGGUUCAGUAUAACUAUACAUUGACAUACAUUACUUAUAUGUAUAAUAUGACCACCAUGUAGGCACCUGCUUGCUGAAAGAAACCUAUGACCACAUGUUUGUUUGACAUCAUAUUUUUCUGUAGUACUGCCUAGUCUGUCUCAGAUCGAUUAAUAAAUUCCUGAGUGCAUAUAUUUGCGAAUUACUUAGAUGUAUGGAUGCAUGCAUCCGCUGCUUUAUUUUGGCCUUAUUGCCCAGCAGGCCUGGGAUGUCCAUAUGUAGUUUGGCAACACCAUCAAUCAAAGCUGGUGGCCUAAUGAUGACUUACACCCAAUGUGGCCACUACAUUGCCAUUUGCAUUUACAUGUUAUGUAUAUGAAGGGCAUUAGAUAAUAUUAAGUCCUAAGUUACUUCUUCCAUAAAGAGAGUUUUGGAAAUAUAUUUUGUGCCUCUGGCUGUAAACAGUUAAUUAAAAAAUUGAAUGUAUUAAUCUGUAAUUUAUUAUCUGUUUUAUGAUAGAGUUCUGAGAUUUGAAAGACAAGGCAUUAAAGAAACAGUAAUUGCAAAAUUAA